AUGGGCAACACCAACUCGGCGAUCAAGGGCCUGGCGUCCGACAUCGCGGGCACGACGGACAUCUGCGACGUGGUCUCGGACCUGUCGGGCGCGUGGGCGGCGUCGUACGUUCUGCCCGAGGAGGAGAUCGUGUACGCGCUGCAGUCGGUGCGCCAGGAGUUCGCCUUCACGACGCGCGCUAAUCACCGUGAGCGCCGAGACGUCCACGACGACGCAGUGGAGAACGUGAAGUUCGAGUCCACAGGCGUCGUCGACCGCGACUGCGAGCUCCAGUUCAAGGUCGGGGAGACCAAGUUCAAGAUCGACAUCGAGCGCGGCAAGGAGGAGGAGGUCAAGGGUUUUUACAAGGCGCUCGUGCUGCUGGGACACAAGCAGGAGGAGAACGAGCUGGAGUGGGAGCUGGCGAAGCAGGCUGUCACCACGGCGAAAGACACCGUGCGCCUCUCGGAAGCUGGCAGGCAGAGUCUCAACCAGCAGUCGGACGAGACGCUCGGGUGGAUGAGGGCUCAGUAUGAGCGCACGCACCCGCACUGCUACAAAGACGUCACCAAGGGAGCUCUUGACGCGGCGAAGGCUGAGCCGGAGAAGGAGGUGUAA